GGAAAAUCGUCGAUCACAGUCGCUCGCCCUUGCUUGUUGUUGCCAAAAGUUUGUUUCAGACCCCUGCAACUUUUUUUGUCGGCGGUUUUUUGCGACAACCCAUGAACCCCUCGCUCCCGACGAAUCGCGACAAUGGCGCCGAACAAAACAGCUGAGAGGGUGAAUGAGCGGAAGAGCGUCAUGCCGUUGAAAGUACGGAAUUUCGAUCAAGACGGACUCGACGCGGAACCCAGUAAUGCAGAAUUGCAGACUGUGAACGUGCAGCAGGAGGAACCUGAGUGGGAAGGCUUCGAGGACAAGGAUGGGGACAGUGAAAGUGAGGAUGAGAGUGGGGAAGUUGUUUUGGAUAAGGAAGAAGAUAUUCCUGAUAAGGAUGAGUCCGAAGAGGAGCUUGAGCGACUGGUCUUCGGCGACCCUGCGGGCUUCAAGGACGGGAUAAAAUCUUUCGCGCUCCAUCGGUUGGCGCGUGGAAUUGGAGAGGAGUCUGAAGAAGAAGAGAAGGGUGAGGUAGACUUGGGGGACGUCGCGGAUCGAGAUUUGUUUUUCUUUGAUUCGGGACCUGGGGUUCUUCCGCUGGGAUCGUUGGUUGCUGGGAAUGCGCGGGACAAGGAGGAUGAUGGGGAUAAGCCGGCGUGGGAGGAUAGCGAUGAUGAGCGAUUGGCCGUGAGCCUGGCUUCUGUGCCGCGGCUUAGGAAGCUAAGAGAGACGGAGGAAGACGAUGUGGUUAGUGGGAAGGAAUAUGUGCGCAGAUUGAGGAAACAGUAUCAGAGACUAUACCCGACGCCAGAGUGGGCGAUACAAGCUACGGAGAAAUCGACGAAGAAGAAGAGGAGACGCACAAUCGAGGACGGUGAGAGUGGGGAGGAGUCGGCGAGUGAGAUGGAUGUGGAUGAAGAGGAUGACUUGUCUGCACAACCGCUAGCCAGGCUAUUGAAAGAUGCAGAUAUACUCUCGAGGACAGGCAGAGGGCCUGUGAAGAGAAGGAAGCUACAGGCAGGGACGGUUGAUAUUCAGAGACUGAAGGAUGUGGCCAAGGCAGGCCCAUCUGCAAUAACCUCACUCUCCUUCCACCCAAAAUAUCCCCUCCUCCUCUCCUCCGGACCCAGCUCCACGCUCUACCUCCACCACGUCAACCCAAAUCCUCCUAAUCCAAACCCCCUCCUCACUUCUCUCCACAUCAAACAUACGCCUCUCGCAACUACCGCCUUCCAUCCUUCCCCUUCCGACUCUCGCAUUUUCCUCAGUGCUCGCCGCCGUUACUUCCAUGUCUGGAAUCUCACAACUGGGUCUAUAGAGAAGGUCACGCGCGUCUAUGGACACCAGCACGAACAGCGUACUAUGGAGAAUUUCUCGCUCUCCCCUGACGGGAAGUACAUGGCCCUACGAGGCUCCUCCAAGAAAGGCGGAGGCGUGGUUAACAUCCUCGACGCCACGACGCUCCAAUGGGUAACACAGGCCCGAAUCGAGUCACGAGGCGGAGUUGCAGAUUUCGUGUGGUGGGGCGAUGGAAGUGGGCUCUGUAUCGCCGGCAAGAAUGGAGAAAUAACGGAAUGGAGUGUUCGAGAUGGUGUCAUAGGUCGAUGGAACGACGAGGGCGCCAUAGGGACGACCGUCAUUGCAGUCGGCGGGAAGAGUGGACGAGAUGGAUGGCUCGGUGGCGAUAGAUGGGUUGCUGUCGGUAGUUCCAGCGGUGUGGUCAACAUCUACGACCGGCGAGCUUGGCUCGGAAACAACCCCUCAACUAACGAUACUUUGACUCAAGAAGACACAAAUAACGGCAUACCCAGUACCCCAAAACCAGUCCGCGCUCUGGAUCACCUCACAACACCGACCUCACAUCUUGCCUUUUCUUCGGAUGGGCAGAUCUUAGCGAUGGCGAGCCGGUGGAAGCAUAAUGCGCUGAGGCUGGUGCAUUUGCCAACGGCAACGGUGUUCAAGAAUUGGCCUACAGACAAGACGCCGCUAGGAAGGAUUAGUGCGGUGGCGUGGGGGAGGCCGAGUGAGGCGGAGGAGAGAGAAGGAUGUUUGGUCCUGUUGGCGGUGGGGAGUGAGACGGGGAGAGUUAAGCUGUGGGAGAUUCGGGCUUGAGAGUUGGGGAACUGUGUAUAAUGACAUGGAGUAUGACGUGCCAAGUGCUAGAGUGAGAGUUGCGACGAUCAAUUAUCGGUGAUAUGAAAG